AUGGAUCAUGCUGAAGAAAAUGAAAUCCUUGCAGCAACCCAGAAGUACUGUGUGGACAGGCCUAUCUUUAGCCACCCAGUGCUCCAGGAACGACUUCAUACGAAGGACAAGGUGUCGGAUUCCAUUGGAGAUAAGCUGAAGCAGGCAUUCACAUGUACUCCGAAGAAAGUAAGAAAUAUCAUUUAUAUGUUCCUACCUAUAACUAAAUGGUUACCAGCCUAUAAGUUCAAGGAGUAUGUGUUAGGAGACUUGGUCUCAGGCAUAAGCACAGGAGUCCUUCAGCUUCCUCAAGGUUUGGCCUUCGCUAUGUUGGCAGCUGUCCCUCCAGUGUUUGGGCUGUACUCAUCAUUUUACCCUGUUAUUAUGUACUGCUUUUUUGGAACCUCCAGACACAUAUCCAUAGGUCCCUUUGCUGUGAUUAGCCUGAUGAUUGGUGGUGUGGCCGUUCGAUUAGUACCAGAUGAUAUAGUCAUCCCAGGAGGUGUGAAUGCCACCAAUGGUACAGAAGCAAGAGAUGCCUUGAGAGUGAAAGUUGCCAUGUCUGUGACUCUGCUUUCAGGAAUCAUUCAGUUUUGCCUAGGUGUCUGCAGGUUUGGGUUUGUGGCCAUUUAUCUCACAGAGCCCCUGGUCCGUGGCUUCACCACUGCAGCAGCCGUCCAUGUCUUCACAUCCAUGUUAAAGUACCUGUUUGGAGUCAAAACAAAACGAUACAGUGGGAUCUUCUCAGUGGUGUAUAGUACAGUUGCUGUGUUGCAGAAUGUUAAAAACCUCAACGUGUGUUCCCUGGGCGUUGGGCUGAUGGUUUUUGGUUUGCUGUUGGGUGGCAAGGAGUUUAAUGAGAGAUUUAAAGAGAAAUUGCCGGCACCCAUUCCUUUAGAGUUCUUUGCGGUAGUGAUGGGAACUGGCAUUUCUGCUGGGUUUAACUUGAAAGAAUCAUACAAUGUGGAUGUCGUUGGGACACUUCCUCUGGGAUUACUGCCUCCAGCCAAUCCAGACACCAGUCUCUUCCACCUUGUGUAUGUGGAUGCCAUUGCCAUAGCCAUCGUUGGAUUUUCAGUGACCAUUUCCAUGGCCAAGACCUUGGCCAAUAAACAUGGCUACCAGGUCGAUGGCAACCAGGAACUCAUUGCCCUGGGACUAUGCAAUUCUAUUGGCUCCCUAUUCCAGACAUUUUCAAUUUCAUGCUCCUUGUCAAGAAGCCUUGUUCAAGAAGGAACUGGAGGGAAAACGCAGCUUGCAGGGUGUUUGGCUUCGUUAAUGAUCCUGCUGGUCAUAUUAGCCACUGGAUUCCUUUUUGAGUCAUUACCUCAGGCUGUGCUGUCGGCCAUUGUGAUCGUCAACCUGAAAGGAAUGUUCAUGCAGUUCUCAGACCUCCCCUUCUUCUGGAGAACCAGCAAGAUAGAGCUGACCAUUUGGCUCACCACUUUUGUGUCCUCCUUGUUCCUGGGAUUGGAUUAUGGCUUGAUUACUGCUGUGAUCAUUGCACUGAUGACUGUGAUUUACAGGACACAAAGUCCCAGCUACAAAGUUCUUGGACAGCUUCCAGAUACUGACGUGUACAUUGAUAUUGAUGCCUAUGAGGAGGUAAAAGAAAUUCCUGGGAUAAAAAUAUUUCAAAUAAAUGCCCCGAUUUAUUAUGCAAAUAGUGAUUUGUAUAGCAAUGCCCUAAAAAGAAAGACUGGAGUGAACCCAGCACUCAUAAUGGGAGCAAGAAGAAAGGCCAUGAAGAAGUAUGCUAAGGAAGUCGGUGAUGCAAAUAUGGUCAAUGCAACUGUGGUCAAAGUGGAUGCAGAAGUUGAUGGAGAAGAUGGAACAAAACCUGAAGAAGAUGAUGAAGAAGUAAAAUAUCCCCCAAUAGUUACCAAGAGCACAUUUCCUGAAGAGCUGCAGAGAUUUAUGCCUCCAGGGGAUAAUGUUCACACUGUCAUUCUGGAUUUCACUCAAGUCAACUUCAUUGAUUCUGUUGGUGUGAAAACUCUGGCAGGGAUUGUAAAAGAAUAUGGAGAUGUCGGCAUUUAUGUGUAUUUAGCAGGAUGCAGUCCACAAGUUGUAAAUGACCUCACUCGAAAUCGCUUUUUUGAAAACCCUGCCAUGCUGGAGCUGCUAUUUCACAGCAUUCACGAUGCAGUUUUGGGCAGCCUAGUCCGAGAGGCUCUGGCUGAACAAGAAGCCUCGACUCCACCUCCCCAGGAAGACUCAGAGCCUAAUGCCACUCCUGAGGCCUAA